AUGAACCACAAUCGUACGGUCAGUUCGUCGGCAAUAACCCAUGCGGUCAGCGAUGCGGCAGCAAACGAUUACGCAUCCGCAAUCGAAACACUCGUAACGGCCAUCUCGCUGAUCAGACAAUGUCGCGUCGCCAAUGACGAUCGUUGCAAUGUACUCAUCUCGUCUCUGCAGGAUACGCUGAAUGGUAUCGAGAGUAAAUCCUACAACUCGUCGUUGUCGUCCUCUUGCAAACAUUGCUCAGCACGCGAUGGAUCCCGUUCGCCAUCCGAACGCUCUCGAAAACGUCAUCAACGUGCAUCGAGAAGUCAGUCGAGAUCUCGCGAACGUUACGACUACUCGCCGAGACAUUCGUCUUCGUCGAAUCGUCGUCAGUACUGA